CAGCUGCCUCAGCUCCACCACCACCACCACCCGCCGCAACCGGCGCACACUCUCGCUUCCACUGCACCUGCCACUCCCGCUCCCGCGCGCCGAGCGCCGUCCACCCCGCCUUGCCCUCGCCACUCCCUGUCCCUCCUCGUUCCUCUAAUGAUCCCCUCGCCGCAGCGGCUGGCGGCUGCGUCGCGCGUGCGUGCCGCCUUCGCCGCCCGGCCGCACAGCAGCGCCCAUGCCUCCUCCUCGCUGCUGCCGACGCCGUCGCGGGUGCUGCGCCCGAGCGCCGCCGUGCGCCCGGCCCGCGCCGCCGCAUUUGCCACGUCGUCUCGCCACCUGGCACACGCGCGUGAGCCGCUGCUCGUCAUAGCUCCGGCCUCGCUGCGCGCCUUCUCGAGCGCGCGGCCAGCACUGCUGCCGCGGCACAAGAGCAAGCUGCCCGUAUUCGCAGAGCAGGACGUCGAUGCUGAGCAGCAGCGCGUCUCGGACGCGGCCGAGAGCGCCGUUGCGGCGCGAGGGCACGGCGAGGCGGCAGAGGUGCGCGCCGACUCGGAGUCGUCGGGCUCGUCGAGCGGCGAUGCGUCGGGCUCCUCGGGCGAGCGCAGCAGUGCCGGCGGCUCUUCCUCUGGCUCCGGCAGCGGCAAGUCGGGCAGCGGCGGCAGCGGCAGUGGAGGCAGCGGCAGCGGCGGCUCCAACUCCACCGCCAUGUCGCGCCAGACGGUGCCGGCCGUCUACCCGCAGGUGCUGGCGCUGCCCAUCACGCGCCGCCCGCUGUUCCCCGGCUUCUACAAGGCCGUCGUGAUCAAGGACAAGCAGGUGUGCGCGGCGAUCAAGGAGAGCAUGAAGCGUGGCCAGCCGUACAUCGGCGCCUUCCUGCUGAAGAGCGAGGACGACGACGCAGACACGAUCACCGACCUCUCCAAGGUGCACCCCGUCGGUGUCUUUGCGCAGAUCACGAGCGUGUUCCCGGCAGAGCGCGACCGCAGCAACCGGCCGAAGGACGGCAAGGCCGAGGACUCUGACGACGAGGGCCUCACUGCCGUGCUGUACCCGCACCGCCGCAUUCGCAUCGACGAGCUGAUCAACCCGGAUGGUGCUGGCGCUGUGCCGCCGGUCGGCGCUGUUCCCGACGUGCCCUCGGCGAUCCCGGGCAACGAGUCCGAGAGCGGCAAGGGCCGCAGCGCUGAGGAUGCCGUGGCGACGCGCGUGGCUACCGAGAAUGACGCGCCGACGGAGCACAUUCCGUCGCACGGCGCGCCGUUCCAGACGUCGUUCCUGCACGACUACAAGGUCUCGCUCGUCAACGUGACGAACCUGCAGGCCGCCGAGUACAAGAAGGACAACGAGGUCAUUCGCGCGAUCAAGGCGGAGCUGAUCACUGUCUUCAAGGACAUCGCGCAGCUCAACCCCAUGUUCCGCGACCAGAUUGCCAACUUCAGCAUCUCGCAGGGCGCCGGCAAUGUGUUCGAGGAGCCCGACAAGCUCGCAGACUUUGCCGCGGCCGUGUCGAGCGGCGAGGUGGGCGAGCUGCAGGCCGUGCUCGAGUCGCUCAACAUCGAGGACCGCCUGCGCAAGGCGUUCGAGGUGCUCAAGAAGGAGCUCAUGAACGCGCAGCUGCAGAGCAAGAUCUCCAAGGACGUCGAGGCCAAGAUCCAGAAGCGGCAGCGCGAGUACUUCCUGCACGAGCAGCUCAAGGGCAUCAAGAAGGAGCUCGGCCUCGAGAGCGACGGCAAGGACCGCAUGGUGGAGAAGUUCAAGGAGAAGGCGCUGGCGCUCAACAUGCCCGAGGCGGCGCGCAAGGUCUUCGACGAGGAGCUGAGCAAGCUGCAGACGCUCGAGCCCGCGGCGAGCGAGUUCAACGUGACGCGCGGCUACCUCGACUGGCUCACCAGCAUCCCGUGGGGCGUGCACUCGCCGGAGAACUACUCGAUCGCCAACGCGACCAAGGUGCUCAACGACGACCACUAUGGCCUGAAGGACGUGAAGGACCGCAUCCUCGAGUUCCUGGCCGUCGGCAAGCUGCGCGGCACCGUCGAGGGCAAGAUCAUCUGCCUCGUCGGCCCGCCCGGUGUGGGCAAGACGUCGAUCGGCAAGUCGAUCGCGCGCGCUGUUGAGCGCCAGUUCUUCCGCUUCAGCGUCGGCGGCCUGAGCGACGUGGCUGAGAUCAAGGGCCACCGGCGCACGUACGUCGGCGCCAUGCCCGGCAAGGCCAUUCAGGCGCUCAAGAAGGUCGGCACCGAGAACCCGCUCGUGCUCAUCGACGAGGUCGACAAGAUCGGCCGCGGCCACAAUGGCGACCCGUCGUCGGCGCUGCUCGAGAUGCUCGACCCCGAGCAGAACGGCAGCUUCCUCGACCACUACAUGGACGUGCCCGUGGACCUCUCGCGCGUGCUCUUCGUCUGCACGGCCAACACGCUCGACACAAUCCCGCAGCCGCUGCUUGACCGCAUGGAGGUCAUCGAGGUGUCGUCGUACACGGCCGACGAGAAGCGGCACAUUGCCAAGGGCUACCUCGCGCCGCAGGCCAAGGAUGCCAGCGGCCUCAAGGACGCCAACGUGACGCUGUCCGACGAGACGAUCGAGUUCCUCAUUAAGCACCACGCGCGCGAGAGCGGCGUGCGCAACCUGCGCAAGAUGCUCGAGAAGGUGUACCGCAAGAUUGCCUUCAACAUCGUUCGCGACCACGGCGAGGCCGUCUUCCCGGAGCCGACGGAGGAGAGCAAGGCGUCCGCCGCCUCGUCUGCCUUCCCGGGUGCUGAGCCUGUGGCGCAAGAUCCGGCGACGGCAGCCGGCGGCGCCAAGAGCGAUGCUCAGUCCGUCGUGCCGCCGCCGACACCUGGCGCGGAGGCCGAGUCGUCGAGCAGCGGCAGCAGUGAGGGCGCAGAUGCUUCGCGGACACAGGCGCGCGACGCGCCGCCGCCGGCUGCGGCCAAGACGACGACGGAGCCGCGCAAGCCCAUGUCGGUGCCGGACUCGGUAUCCGUGGACAUCUCGAUCGAGUCGCUGCGCGAGUACCUCGGCCCGCCGGUGUACCACAAGGACCGUCUGUACACACGCAGCAUGCCCGCCGGUGUCAGCACAGGCCUGGGCUACCUCGGCAACGGCAGCGGUAGCCUGAUGCCCAUCGAGACGACGAUCAUGCCGGGCAAGGGCAGCCUGCAGCUGACGGGCAAGCUGGGCGAUGUGAUCAAGGAGAGCGCCAACAUUGCGCUGAGUUGGAUGAAGAGCAACGCGCAUGCGCUCGGCAUCACCAAGGAGGAGAGCGAGCGCCUGCUCGACAGCCGCGACGUGCACCUGCACAUGCCCGAGGGCGCCAUCGGCAAGGACGGCCCGAGUGCCGGCGUGGCGUUCGUGACGUCGCUCGUGAGCCUGCUCACCGACCGCACGCUGCCGACGGAUCUGGCGAUGACGGGCGAGGUGUCGCUGCGCGGCAUGGUCCUGCCCGUCGGCGGUCUCAAGGAGAAGCUGCUGGCCGCACACCGCGGCGGCAUCACCAAGCUCAUCCUGCCGGCGUCGAACCGGCCCAACGUCGAGGCCGACGUGCCCGAGGCCGUGCUGGCGGCGCUCGACGUGCACUACGUCGCCAACGUGUGGAGCGCGCUCGACGUGGCCUUUGGCGAGGGCCCUUGGAGCGAGCGUGCGCGCGAGAUGAAGGGCCAAGAGGACGCCGAGGAGGCGUCGGACAAGCAGAAGCGCGACGAGGCACGCAGCCGGCGGCAAGAAGAGGCUGCUCGGAAUCAAGACGGCGCCAACCAAGAUCAGCCGACCGCCUAGACCGCUCUGUACCGCCGGGCCUGCAUCGACGUGACUCCUCACCGCUCCGCACAGCACGUGUCAUAUCCUCAUGUCUCUCUUUCAUCGCCGUGUGCCCACG